GCGGGGCUUGGCGGAGGAAACUGAGGCAGGAGGCAAAUGUCCCGGAGGAGCAGCCGGUUGCCCGCAGUGGGGUCUCGGGCGUCCGGACCGCCGGUCUGAAUCUUCUGGGAGUCCGUAUGUCUGAGCACCUGGGGAGGAGGGGCCUUGAGCUCCAGAACCACGAGGCCGCUGGAGACCCGGACCCUUGGUCUGAGGGAGGAGGCAGCUGACACCCAGGACUCCCGGUCUGAGGGAGCAGGCAGCUGAGGACCUACACUCCCGGUCCUGGUUGGGUCACCAUGCGCCCCUCGUCACACCCCACCUCCCCGCUCCCCACCUCGCAGCCAGGGCAGGCAGCCGCUCCAGGUGGCUGCUUCCUCCCUCUCCUGAGAUGUCAGGAAGGAAGGGGUCGCCUGUGUCCCCCCAAGGGGCCCCCUGGAAUCUGGGGGCCCCCAGCCCGGGAGCUCGGAGGCGGAGGAGGUGCUGACAGGUCUGGUAACCACCUAGUCCUCUCCACGCCACCCUUUCCCAGAACCACAGAAACUGCAGUAUCCACACCCCCACCUGCGUCGUCCAGCCCGAAGGCGAUUUCACAGACAGGGAAAUUGAGGCCCUGCCCGAGAGACUAGUGUCUUGCCUUAGUGGCAGUUUUGAGCCGAACCGGGUCUCCCUCGGAUUCUAGGACAUGGCCUUUCUCAGAAUCUUGGAGCCUCACACCUCCUCCAGGUUGCAGGACUUAGGGUUCCUCGGGGCUGUAGAGGUGGUAGGGCAGAGUGGAGUUGCUCAGACAGGGUUCAAGUCCCACCUCUGGCAUCUGUUAGCUCUAUGACCCGGUACAAGUCACUGACCUCUCUGUAUUUUCCCAAUUGUUGGCUAUUAUUAAUAAUAUUAGAAUAAUUAUGAUUAAUCUAGAAAUUGGGCAUUAUCCAAUCCUAGAAUAUAGGGUCCCCCACGGCUCUGGCAAGUAGGUGCCUAAGUUAUUACCCUCUUCUCUAACUCCAGCCCCCCGUCUCCAUCCUCAGGUGCUCAGCGAGAUGCUCCCCCACCCCUCAUGCUCCCUCCCCAUCCUCCUCCUUUGCCUCCUCCCCAGUGUCCCAAUGGAACCCCAUCCUCCACCCUCACCACUGCCCCCUUUUCCAGCCCCUGAGUGGGACCUCCUGUCCCCCCGAGUAGCCCUGUCGAGGGGCACCCCCACAGGCCCCCCUCUGCUCUUCCUACUGGAGGCUGGGGCCUUCGGGGAGCCAGCCGGCAUCCCGGCUAACCGCAGUCGGCGAGGGGUGAGCGAAACAGCACCAGCAAGUCGCCGGGGAGAGCUGGCCGUGUGCGAUGCGGUCAGCAGCUGGGUGACAGACCGCCGGAGGGCCGUGGACCUGCGCGGGCGCGAGGUGGAGGUGCUGGGCGAGGUGCCCGCAGCUGGCGGCAGUCCCCUUCGCCAGUACUUCUUCGAGACCCGCUGCAAGGCUGACAGCGCUGGGGAAGGUGGCCCAGGUGGAGUCGGAGGGGGCUGCAGGGGUGUGGACCGGAGGCACUGGGUGUCUGAGUGUAAGGCCAAGCAGUCCUACGUGCGGGCGUUAACCACUGAUGCCCAGGGGCGUGUGGGCUGGCGAUGGAUUCGAAUUGACACUGCCUGCGUCUGUACACUCCUCAGCCGGACUGGCCGGGCCUGAGGCCCAUGCCUGAGAACUGGUCAAGCGGAGGAAGACAGCUGGAUGCUGAGGGACCUCAGGGGCUCGGGGCCUCAGUUCGGGAACCUGUCAUAUGGUCACGAAAUCACAGCCCUCCGAUUUUGAGAGCUCAGUCUGUGUAAGACAGGCAGUGAACCAAAUGGGGUUUUGAAGGAUGAAUAGGAGUUCUCCUGCAUGAACUCGAGGGUCACGAUGAAGAUGAUGGCCAAUUUUUUCUGAGCGCCUACUCUUUAUCAGCUCUAAUACACAACUUUGUCAGAUCAACUCUGGUGGAUGUCACUGUUGGAGGUGCUUGGCUUCUAAGUUGCUGACCAUGUGAUCACAGAGGACAUCACCUUGCCCAUCCUGGAGAGAGUGAC